GUUGUGGCGUUUUUGUCUGUGCCUAUACACAUAUGAGCCUGUGGAUGAUGGCAGGCGAGAGGCAAGCCAAGCGUGUUCGUGAGCUGUACUUUGCCUCGAUUUUACGUCAAGACAUUGCUUUUUUUGACAGCUCUUCAACCGGUGACGUCACCACGCGCAUCUCAGGCGACAUCAGCCUGUAUCAAGAAGGCAUCUCCGAGAAGGUCGGCUUGAUAAUACAGUUUACAACUACUUUCAUUGCGGGUUUCGUCAUUGCUUUUACAAAAGGAUGGAAGCUUUCAUUGGUUCUCUGUGCCGUGUUUCCUUUAAUGGCCAUAGCCGGUGGGAUAAUGGCUAAAGCUAUAUCAAAUGAUACUACAAAGGGGCAAGAUGCAUAUGCUGCUGCGGGAGGUGUGGCGGAACAGGCAAUAUCAGGCAUAAGAACUGUGGUCUCUUUUGGUGGUCAAGAACGCGAAAUUAAUCGUUACAUUGCAAAUUUGGAAUAUGCAUAUAAAGCGGGAAGAAAGAAGGCAAUUGUUAGUGGAAUUGGUCUCGGAUCAAUGAUGCUUAUCAUGUAUGGCAGUUAUGGUCUGGCCUUUUGGUACGGCAGCAUUUUGAUCGUCAACCAUGAUAUGUCGGGUGCUGAUGUAUUAAACGUGUUCUUUGCUAUUUUUAUCGGUGCUUUCUCCGUUGGUAAUGCUGCGCCUCAUAUAACUUCG